UUCUGAAUCUGCUUUCAUUUCAGUAUAUAUUCUCAUUUCUGUAGUUCUCAUUUAUUUGAGUUGUCUUGAAAUUAAUGUUUGGGGUUUUUAUUGAGAUUUUCAACUGUAGAACACUACGCGGUUUUAGGGUUUCGAAUGCUUUGUUUCUGGUCCUUCUAGGGUUUGUGUUAUACGAUCGGAGCUUUUUCAAGGAAUAUCAUGGGCCGUGGUGGUGGAAAACUGAACAUGCAACUCAUUGCCGAUGAGAGAUCUCGCAGAAUUACGUUCCAAAAGAGAAAGAAGGGCAUUCUCAAGAAAGCUUAUGAGUUUUCAACCCUUUGCGGUGUAGAUAUGUGCUUGAUAAUCUACGGCCCAAAACAGUCUGAUCGGCGACCUACUGAACUCCACACCUGGCCACAAAACCCAGAUGAGGUUAAUCGCAUUAUUGACAAAUUUAAGCUCAAUAACAAACCAGCCACCAAAACCUACAACUUGUCCGAUUGGUUGCAUGAGCAAAAGGUCAAGAUGGAUGCUAAAAUCUCCAAACUGAGGAGUGAUAUGUAUGAGGCCAAGUACCCUACAUGGGACGACCGCAUCAAUGAUUUUUCAGAACAUCAACUGGAAGAGCUUGUACAUGUGUUGGAUCAAAAGAUUGAAUCCGGGAAGAGAACACUAAAUAAUGUGAGGGCACCACCAAAAUUGCUGCUAGGUGGAAACCAUGUUGCUGAUGUAACUAGGCAAAAGCUCUCUAAUCACAUGCAAGAUUAUGCGCAUUACCUUGGUGAGUAUGAGGACCAAAAGCCUAGCUAUGUGAGUAUGAUGGAUAUGCAAAUGCCCUUCUCAAUUGAUCAGCCUACUAGCUAUUCUCAAACGCUUCAAUAUGAUUCAGAUUUGAAUUCGAUGAUGACUAAUCCGUUGAUGGGAUAUCCGAGCACUUACUAUGAUCCAAGUGGAGCAAGUCAGAUGAUCCAGUCUCCUGCCGAGAACAAUCCGAAUAUGAUGAUGUUCAAUAGCGUUCCAAGUUCCUCAGUGAGCCACUAUGCCCAACUAAUACAGAAGCCUAUGUCGUACACGCAAUACCCGAUGAAUAUUUCGACUAUUUCAUCACAACUGGGAACUUCUCAAGUAAAAGAUCGUGAAGAUGAUGAUCUGAUCCAUAACAAGAUGGUUUGAUGAAAUGUUUUAUUAAUUUACUUUUAAGUUUGAUUGAUCAAGUUCUGAUGUGCUAGAAUUCAAGAUUUUUACUUCAGUUUACUGCAACUAUGAACUAUCAAGACUUUAAUAUGAAGUUACUCGGUUUAGUUUUUGGGAUACAGUAGUUAGGCAUAUUAUGUAUCUCGAUCUCUUGAAUAAUUUAAUUGGUUCAUUACAUGGGUCUAGGUAAUUUAAUAGCUUCUUCAUACUUGAAGAGUUAAAAAAGUCUUUGGGAUCUUGUAUAUGUAAUUGUGAUUAUCUAGCUUCUUUGA